AACCCUGAAAACUAAUGAAACGCAUACGCGUGCAGAAUAAUUCGUCAUGUCUGAGCUCUCCAUGGUGCUGAUUGUCCCGUGCAUGACGCUUAUGUUUGUUUUCAUCUCAGUAUGUCGGAUAAAUUGCAGGCUUCAUUGCCAUUAUAGCUCAUUACAUUCAUCAAAUAUUAAAAACAAAGUAGGCUAUCGGUUUUUAUAUGGUAACAGUGCAUGCGCGCAUUAAUCACCGCCUCGUUUUACUGGGAGGAUCCCAUUAAAUGACAGACAUAUGACGUUGUUGCUGGCGUACGACUGCAGCGUAAUUGGACUUAUACUAAAUAAAUCCACGUCCAAUGGGCAAACAGUCCACGCGGAUAUUAAAGCUGUGUAUAUGAGUAGCCAGGGAGAUAUCAAAGCUAUUAAAUCGGUCUUAUGAUUCAGUGCGACAGUAAGUUGAGUUGCUUGCCUUUUUAAUAACACUUUGGAUUCAAGAUCAAAGUUCUGGUGGUCCCAACAGUGCUUCACCUCUCAGCUCUCCUCAUCCAAACGGUGCAGGGCAAAACCAUGUGGCUCGCGCGGACCGUCUUCGCUCUGGCACUUCUUUGCGCACCCGUUUCCAGUCUCUGCAUACCAACGUACGACCCCGAGUCCAACUUUCUCUGCAGCGAGGGGCUCUCCCACAACGGUGGCCAGCCUACAAACUCCCUGCUGGACAUUUUAAACCUCCUAUAUAAGUCCUCCGAGGAGCCGCGCGAGAGGAGAACGGUGCCCGCGUCCAAAUACAGAUACCUGAGCCAGACGCAGCUGAGGAGUAAACUGUACCGCAACAGCGCGAAGAGCGAUCGACGCAGUCAGGUCACCCUGUCCCUCGAUGUCCCCACCAAUAUCAUGAACAUCCUCUUUGACAUCGCAAAAGCCAAAAACCUGCGCGCGAAGGCAGACGACAACGCGCGCCUCUUGGCGCAGAUCGGGAAGAGAAAAUGAACUGUUU